UCCUGUUUGAGUCAGAUGGUUGCUGCUCUCUUCAAGGUUUGAUAAAGGAACUUGUUAAUGACUGGUGGAUUAUGAGAGCAAGCAAAUACUCUGUAAACCUAACAUAUUGUUCAUGUGUAACAUAGUUUCUCAAAGUAGAUAGAAGUGGACCAUGUUGUGUGUGCUGAGGAUGAUGACUGUGCCGGCACAGCUCAGUUUGCUGGCAUGCUUAACUCUGACUGUGGGCCUGACUUUGGGUUUUGAGCCAAACAAAGGCACUUCAUUUACAUUUCUAUUACCUGCUGGUACCACAGAGUGUUUUUUCCAAACCACAGAGAGUAAUGGCAGCAUGGAAUUCUCAUACCAGGUGAUAGCUGGAUCAGGUUUGGAUGUUGGGUUUAGCAUCAUCUCACCUAGCGGAUACCGGCUGGCCUCUGACUUCAGGAGAUCUGACGGCGUCCACAUGGUGCAUCUCACUGAGGAGGGAGACUACAGGUUGUGUUUUGACAACAGCUUCAGUAAACUGUCAGAGAAGAUGGUUUUCUUUGAGGUGAUCAUUAAUAAUAAGAAUGACGCAGGCGGAGGACAGGACCAGUGGGAUGACAUGGCCAUAACAGAGAGCCUGGUGGAGUACCAAAUGGAGGACAUCAGGGCGAGUAUGGAGUCUGUGUACCGACACCUGGAGAGGACUCUUAAGGUCCAGGCUGUGCUGAGGGCCUUUGAGGCCAGGGACCGCUACCUUCUGGAGGAUAACCUGUGGAGAGUGUCCUUCUGGUCCUGUCUCAGCCUGCUUGUCAUGCUAACUGUUGCUGUCAUCCAAAUCUACACCCUGCGACUUCUCUUUGAAGACAAAAAGCGCAUGGUCACAUAGUCAAGAAACAAAACUCUUUUCUUGUCUUCAUUUGCAUAUUUUCACACUUUUGACUGAUAUAUGCCACUAAGCUAAACUUAAAGGGAUAGUUCACAUUUUUAGAAAAAUGCCUCAUCAUGCACUGGGGACUUUUGUUCUUUUGCAGCCUAGCAGAGAUUGACCCCCCCCCCCCCCCUUUUUUUUUUUUUUGUUGUUGUAAAUUGUGAUCCUAGUAUCACCCUUACCUGAACUUAGAUUUACAAUACUGAAUUGUGCACGCACACUAAUGCUGUUUAUAGACUCAUACAAUGUAAAUAAUAGUACGAAAUCAUGAAAUGCUUGUAACACUGGUGCUACAAAAGUUAUGUAAUGUUGGAAGCUACAAAACCAAAGCUGUUCUCACUUGAAUUUUAUUGUAUUGAAGUUCAGAUACUACAUUUCACAUCAACAUUUAUAACCUUACACUACGGUUUUAUAAAACCAAGAAGAAGCAAACCAUAUACCAUAAAGCAAAAACCUCACCUCCUGAAAAUGUACUGAGUUUUUACCCCCUGAACUAUUAUUAAAAAAAAAUAUGUGUAGUCUUUACUUUGAUAAAAACACAUGUAUUCACACGGUCAUAACAUCAACCUCCCUGAUCAAUGUCUCCAUCUGGAGGUUAAAUAGGCAGAGUCAGUGCAGUGACGCACAUGGCAAGCUUUGGUGGACUCUGCAGUUCAUUCAUUCAUGCAUUGCGAUUUUGGUGGGGAAAAACAUCAAUAACAUAGAAGGCAAAACCUUCAGUGCAUGUUAGGCACUCUACUGAAUCUUUCCUGGAAUGCUUUAGCUUCCUCGGCCACCUUUGAGAAUUGGUCAUAAUAUUCUGUAUUCGUUCUUGAUCCCAAAGGCACUACAAGAAGAAAACUCUGAAUUUUCUUCAUGUAUCUUUGUUUGGCAGUUUAUGUCUAAGAGCUCAAUUAUGCUCUUUAUUCAAAUAAAUAAAUGACAAUCCAUCAGGGAGA